AGCUUUGCUUGCUCAAGCUGUGUGCUUAUCUUGCUGGCCUGACGCAUCGUUCUCAGGCACCAUGUUCCUGACACUCUUGGCCAUGCUGCUGGCGACAGGCUAUGCCUCAGCUCCGGAGUGUGCUUUCGAUGGCCGCGGCUACACCGAAAUCAGCGUGACAUCUCCCAAUGGGGGACGACAAUUGGACGCGACCUCUUGUCAAAAGGACUGUAUUCGGGAUGGAUGCUUUUUUUGGACCUUCUACAACAACUCCUACAUGUGCUGGCUCUUGGGGGAGUCUGCCACUCUGAUGGAUCAGCCGGACCCCAAGGCCACGAGCGGAGCAAAGCUUUGCCGCUCAGGACGGGUCAAGCCUGGGGAGGUCAUCAACAUCCCCACCAAGGCUAGUCAUUUGGAUGAGGCGCUUGAAGCGAUUCACAAAAGUGCCGAAGAGGCCUUUAAGAAGCUGGAUGUGGACCGCAGUGCGCUGGUGAAGCCCCAACAACUGGUGGAAGCACCGAGAAGGCAAGAUCAGGCUCAGCACUCGGCUUCAGCUCAAGGACUCGUUUGGAGCAUUUUGGUGAUGAUCGUUUCGGGUGCGAUCGUGGUUGGCGGAGUGUCCGCCAUGUGGAUCCUCACGCAAGACGCCACUCGGGAGGUGCAUCUCACGCCGGAGCAAGAGGCGGACUUGCUCGCCAUGGAGAUGGGUUACGGCGGCCACUGGAGCCCGAAACCUUGGCCGGAGAUGGAACACCUGGGCGAGCCCAGGCCUGACAGUGAGUCGGACACCUGGGCGAAGUGGGAUGAUGUGCCUCCUUCACCCAGGACUUUCGACAGGGCACCGUGGUCGUCACCAUGAGCCAUGGUGACCCAUAGGUUCAUCUUCCACAGAGAUCCCCGUUGAAGUGUCCUUUCCAGAAUGGAACAAGGAAGAGGAAAAGCUCUCAAGCCAGAAAUUAUAACGGGGAUCCAUAUAUCAUAUAUAUAGUGUGUUUCAAUAGGC